CACAUCGGGUCUCUAGGCUACAAGACAAUCAUCACACUCCCGGAAAAAAUGUCUGCUGAGAAAGUCUCCGUCCUACGCGCUUUGAAUGCGACUAUUAUUCGCACCCCUACGCAGGCCGCGUACGACUCGCCAGAAUCCCACAUUGGAGUCGCAAAGCGCCUGGAGAAAGAGUUGCCCAACGCGCACAUCUUGGAUCAGUACAGCAACAUAAAUAAUCCACUGGCGCAUGAACUCGGCACCGCUCAAGAGAUUUGGACUCAGACGAACGGAAAGAUCACAGCCGUCGUUGCAGGUGCAGGAACUGGUGGUACAAUCACAGGUCUAUCUCGAGGGUUGAAGAAACAUAACCCAAAUGUCAAAGUCAUUGCGGCUGAUCCACAUGGAUCUAUCCUGGCCUUGCCUGCUUCGUUGAACACCGAGCAUGCAAACAAGCCAUACAAGGUGGAAGGUAUCGGAUAUGAUUUUAUCCCCGAUGUCCUCGACCAGCAUGCGGUGGACAAAUGGUACAAGACAGGAGACAAGGAAUCUUUCCAAUAUGCCCGGCGCCUAAUCGCCGAGGAAGGUCUCCUGGUAGGUGGAAGCAGUGGGAGCGCUAUUGCUGCGAUGGUACAAGCUUGCAAGGAUUAUGGCUUUGGAAAAGAUGACGUCGUCGUAGUCAUCCUCCCGGAUAGCAUUCGAAGCUAUCUCACCAAGGUGAGUCGCAUCGUCUGA